AUGCAGUCAUUACAAAGGAUACGACCUCUAGUAGUAAAUUCAUCAAAAUGUUACUCUCAUGCAGUUAAACAGAUGACAGUGCAAGAAGCCCUUAAUUCUGCACUCCAUGAAGAAAUGUCAGCAGAUCCUAAUGUUUUUCUGAUGGGCGAAGAGGUUGGGCAAAAUCAAGGUUUAUACAAGAUUUCAAUAGGGCUUUUGAAGAAGUAUGGUCCUGGGAGAGUUCUUGAUACUCCAAUUACAGAGGCUGGCUUCACUGGAAUUGGAGUUGGUGCAGCUUACCAUGGUCUUAAACCUAUUGUAGAGUUUAUGACAUUUAACUUCUCCAUGCAGGCAAUUGACCAUAUUAUUAAUUCUGCUGCCAAAAUGAAUUAUAUGUCUGCCGGUCAAAUAUCAGUACCUAUUGUUUUCCGAGGACCAAAUGGUGCUGCUGCUGGAGGUGGUGCGCAGCAUUCUCAUUGCUUUGCUGCAUGGUAUGCUUCAUGUCCUGGUUUGAAGGUGUUGGCACCAUACUCAUCAGAAGAUGCUCGGGGUCUGCUAAAAGCUGCCAUUAGGGAUCCUGAUCCUGUUGUUUUCCUUGAAAAUGGGUUGCUUUACGAGGAGUCUUUUCCUGUUUCAGAAGAAGUUCUUGAUUCCAAUUUUUUCCUGCCAAUAGGAAAAGCUAAGAUAGAGAGAGAAGGAAAGGAUGUAACCAUUACUGCUUUCUCAAGGAUGGUUGGUUAUGUUCUCAAGGCAGCUGAGAUUCUUGAAAAGGAAGGAAUCAGUGCUGAGGUCAUAAAUCUGCGCUCUAUACGUCCCCUUGACAGAGCCACAAUCAAUGCUUCUGUCAGGAAAACUAGGAGACUGGUAACUGUUGAAGACGGGUUUCCUCAACAUGGUGUUGGUUCUGAGAUCUGUACAUCUGUGAUUGAGGAGAGCUUUCAUUAUCUGGAUGCACCAGUUGGGAGGAUUACGGGAGCUGAUGUUCCAGUGCCUUAUAAUGCAGGUCUUGAGAGGAUGUCUUUUCCACAGGUUGAGGAUAUAGUUCGUGCUGCAAAGAGGACAUGCAAUGGAUCAGUUCAAAUGGCUUCGACUGCUUAGCUUAAAGAAGCACACCAGCCUGGUCCACUGAUGCUGUCACAAAUUUGAAGUUGGGUUAGGAUAAUAAAUUGUGGCUGCUGUAUUUAAUAAAUAUAACCGUGCAUGAAGCUCAUGCCAAUUUUCUUUAUUGUA